UACCGAUCAAGACUGCUUCGCGAACUUCAAGUUGGUGCUUAUAUCCUCGCGGCUCAGCAGACACUGCCUAACAUGCUACGGGCAUCGACUAACGCGGUGACACGGCUCACUAUGUCCAUGACACGACCAUCCAGCUCGCUGCUGUGUAGGAGGUCCUUCACAUUCGUCCGUCUCCCCUCAGCGCACGCGGCUUCCCGAGUUGCAUCUCCAACCAGUCACACGCAUACUCUCUUCGCGCGCUGCUCAACCUUCGAUUCAGUAAUAUCAGACCCAUCUCGGCCCGACCUCUUCUACCACCCCGUUUCGCUUCCAAUGGUAGGCUCAGCCUAUGCAGUUUCCUUCCUCACUCAACCACCACCGACUCCCGAUUCGUGCUCUGUGUUGGGAUGGUUGCCCGCAGAGACUGCAGGAGAAGCAGACGCGGAAGCCGGGUUAAAUGAUUUCGUAGAGAACCCCAAGUUUCGCGUAAUCAUGCACGAGGCAAUCCAAACCGGUUUACAGGAAAAAGUGGACGAUAUUUGGAUCAACGCUGCACUGCAAUUACAACAAGGCUGGAUGCAUAUACACGACAGCCGCAACCUUCCAGCCCUGGGCAGAAUAGGCGACCCGGAUGAUAUCAUCGCCUCUGUAUUAGUGCAGGAUAGCAAAAUUCUUCCCGACACGUACCAGUCCAUGCCAUCUUAUCGCCUUUGCACUUCUGAUGGCCCGACUCUUCUUACAGAGGGACUUGCAGCUAAGUUGAAGUUGGUGCUAGAGGGCGCCAUCGCCCGAGAAGUGGCCCAGUGACGCCCCCUUCGGUCGCACCGUCGUCCUUAUUACCAGGAGCACCCUCAGCAGCAGGGGCUUUAAAACCCUCAUGUUCGCCCGAUGAUUGCCAGCCAAUCGUGGAUAACUAGUACUUAUUACUUGCAUUUUUCACUGAGCACCAGUACUACACUCAUACUUCUUCCUUCGCAUAGCCACGACUCAUCAGCCAAAACCUCAUGA